CUCAAAAUUACAUCAUGUGUUCCCACUAACAACAAAGUCACUACACAACACAGCAAGUGGGGCUUUAAGGGCCAUUCCUAACUUCGUUAUCCCUUAAUCUGCAAGCAAAAACAUAUUACUUCACAGGAAGGAAGCAAGGAGAACCAAAUUUCAGACCACAUGAAUUCUUCAACUUCAAUUCCCGCUUCUGCAGCUUCAACAAACGUUUUUGACAUUGGGAACUACACGACUACGUUAAUAAAAGUUGAGGCACGAGUGUGCGACCGAAAUGGGUGCAAUCCUCCACGCCCAAUUAGGCCUCUCUUGAUUUGCAGCCCUUCGGAAACAGGGUCUUUCCCAGUGCUGCUGUUCCUUCAUGGCUAUCUUCUUUACAACUCUUUCUACUCUCAGCUCAUCCGACACAUUGCUUCACAUGGUUUCAUCGUUGUUGCCCCCCAGUUAUAUUCCGUAGCAGGGGCAGAUGCAACCCAAGAAAUAAAGAUCACAGCCGAAAUAAGCAGUUGGCUGUCCCAAGGACUAGCCCAGUUUCUCCCACCUCAUGUUGAGCCAAACUUGAGCAAAUUAGGACUAGCAGGCCAUAGCCGUGGCGGAAAAGUCGCAUUUGCAUUGGCUCUAACUAAGUCCCUAAAGUUGUCGGCCCUAAUAGGCAUCGAUCCAGUCGAUGGCAUGGACAUUGGGAAACAAACUCCCCCUCCAGUCCUCACUUACACCCCACACUCCUUCAAUCUUGAUGGUGUGGGAGUGCUAAUAAUUGGGUCGGGACUGGGAGAAGUGAAACGUAAUGCUCUUUUUCCAGCCUGCGCUCCAAAAGGGGUGAAUCACGAGGACUUCUAUAAAGAAUGCUGUAGUCCAGCAUACUAUUUUGUGGUCAAGGAUUAUGGACAUCUUGAUGUGCUGGACGAUGAUACUAAAGGGAUAAGAGGGAAGGCAACAUAUUGUUUGUGCAAGAAUGGGGAGUGUAGGGAGCCAAUGAGGAGGUUUGUUGGGGGGGCUUUAGUUGCAUUCUUGAAAGCUUAUUUGGGAGGGAAUUCAAGGGAUCUUGCAGAUAUAAGAGAAGGGCAUGGAAUGCUUCCCGUUGAGCUUCAAAGGGUUGAGUUUCAUCUGUGACAAAGGGAAGCAAGAAAAUGUAAUUUUGCUAUUUUUUUUUUCUAUCUUGAUUUUGGUAUAUUUGUACUUGAUGAUUAAGGAUAUUUGCAAUCUCAAGAUUUUAUAAAUAA